AAGCCCUGUAUAUAUGACCCUAUUAUAAAGUAUGAAAAGUUCAUUCAUGCUUUACCAUCAUGUAGGUUUUAUACUUGUAUUGUGUACUAGAUCAAAUGGGUUGGAAAAAAGUUUUUUUUCUCAGACAUAAAUAAACAAUUCCAGGUGAAAGCCACAGGUCAUAGCUUUCUAGGAGGGAGGGGGCACUGUUACAUUCAUACAAUAUUGCCCUCGUGCUUUAUGACUAAAAACCAUAGCUCAACGUCUAUCAUCUCAACUGGUCCCCGGGGGUCUCUCUCCCAGACUGCAGGACAUGGAGAUUCAGUACCGGAGGGAGAAGGAAGAAGCUGACCUGUUACUGGAACAACAGAGACUGUACACAGACUCAGACAGUGGAGACGACUCUGAUAAGAGAUCCUGUGAAGAGAGCUGGAGACUGAUUUCUUCACUCAGAGAGAAACUACCUGCUAACAAGGUCCAGUCGAUAGUAAAGCGUUGUGGCCUGCCCAGUAGUGGUAAACGUCGGGAGCCACUCAGGGUCUAUCAGAUCCCUCAGCGUCGACGAAUCAGCAAAGACCCCAAACGAGUUACCAUCAGAGACCUGAGGAUGCAGGCGGUCAAAGAGAUCUGCUACGAGGUACGGUUACCACCCCAAAUACACCCCACUGGCUCUGUCUAAAAGGUGUUGAGUUACUGAGUGGUCUAGUCUAAAAGGUGUUGAGUUACUGAGUGGUCUAGUCUAAAAGGUGUUGAGUUACUGAG